CGCAAGACGUCCGAAUAUUUGACAACUUUCGGCUAGGUUUUCUUCACUUUUCAGCUGAUAUUUUUCGUGUUUCUAGAAGUCCUUUUGUGCGCUACGAAUUUUGUGAAAUUUCUGCAUCAUACUCUAUCCGGGAAAACGUAAAACAUUACCAAAUCGACGCCGAACCGCGCAAUACAGCCAGGCACGCUUAAGUUAUAACAAAACCGCUCCGGAAAACAUUGUAAAGCAACUACUCAAAACAAAGCGCUCCUCGGCUUCCUCGGUAGCCUGCGACUUUUCUUAUUCCUGCGCCCAGUGUUUCAAAAACCCGGUCAAAAUUUGCGUCGUAAAGAUGGAUCUGUUGAAAAAAAUGAUGGGCCUAGACGGUCACAAGGAUGACGACGACGACAAGAGGAAGAAAAAACCGGUGGUUAAGGAUGAAUUCCGGAAACCAAUUUGGGUGGAAGAAUAUGACAGCGAUGAUGAUCUCUUUGACAACCAGAAAAUCUACGGUGUCCAAAUUUUCACCAACCCGCUCGAGAUACAGAAACAUUUCGAGCAUCAGAUCCAGGAGAUGAUGAAAAGCCUGGAGGAGUACGAUGAAACCUUUAAGAGUUUCGAUCACGAUUUGAAGCAGGAUUUUUUGAAGCCCGGUUUUGAGGAGGAAAUUAAGAAGGAACUAAAGAAGGAAAAACUGCUUGAUACUGACCUGGAUGGAGAAAUUUACCCGGACCAACUGCACACUCUGCUGCAACGUAUUUCCCCAGAUCUGAAGGAUCUUUUACCCAAGAAGCGGACCCAGGAUGUCCACUCUAAGGGUGAACCGAAACUAAAGCUUACCGACGAGCAAAAGAUCAUGGACUGGAUUCACGGCUAUAAAGAAUCGGACCCGUUGCCACCGGUGCGCUCUCGUGCGCCUCGCAAGAUGCCAUCGCAACGUUUCCACGAUGGAAUUUUUGAAGGAACAUUCCAAGGACCGCGUAUGUUCGGCCAGAGUAUCAUCUCGCAAACCAUCCGGAAACCCGACGGGACCUAUGAAACACGUAAAACCGUUCGCGAUUCGGAAGGGCACACCAAGACCACUAUAACACGUUCGACCAGUGAUGGGAACAAGGAAUCCAUAACAACAUACGGCGACGAAGGUGGGCCUUCAUCGACGAAACCAUUUAUGGACGAUGGUUUGCCAGAAACUGGCACCAAGAGUGAUUCGGUUGCUCACACCUUGCUCGUCAUGAACCAGAACGACCGCAAGCAUCUCUUCGCUAAGAAUGGUUACGUUCUCCCAAGGAACCUCUGGUGACUUCAAGCGCAGACAAACCGUAAUGAGCUAACUACACUACUAGUAGAUCAUCGGUUCAAUUUUCAUUACUCUUAUUAUACAUACUUCCCAUCUCCCCGGAAUUCCGCACCAGCGGAAACGGGUCCAGUUUCGUCGUUUAGCGAGCCAAAUAUGUGUGUAGUAGUAGUAGUAGUAGUAGAAACAUCCCACUCGAUUAACAAGUGUGACGAUAUUCUUACAAAUAAUCUCUAUCACUAUCCUAUCAAUGAUCACGUCUAUGAUAAUGAUGAUGCAGCUGAACAGCUAACGAUGCAGAAUCCUUUGACAACAGAAAACAUCAAUAGCAAUACCGAGUGUCCUGCUGUUUUACAUUUGCUCUUGAGUAACAUAAUUCUAGCUUUAGUAACGUUUAGUUUAAGUAGUGUUCAUGUCUUAUUUUCAUUGUACAACCACGCGAAGGAAGCCGCCGCCGGUCAGCAGGAGGGAAAGACAGUUGAGCGAUGCAGUAUUACGAGCAAUUGGCGAAGGAACGUACCGUCGGUAUGUCUAUUAUGAAAAUCGGUCAAUCUGUCCAACUAUUGUCGACCUGUACACGCUUCUCUAGCCGGAAGACAUUCGUGUUUGUGAUAUUUUUUUACGUUAGACAGUUAUCGAUGCGUCCCAUCGAAUAAGUUUGCUCUUAGUACUAAUAAUUUUAGCUGAUCGUGGUUGCGAUCUGGGUGUGACCCGGGGUACCGUACACAGGAGGCAAGAGACUAAAAAAUUCUGGAAGCGAAAAGAUGAUGAUGAUGAUAUGAGAGGGUUGGGUGAACGCGCGUGUUUUUAGGUAGAUGUUUUUUGAAAACUUGUGAGAAAGAGACAAAGUAACUGUAUAUUUUUUUACUUCAUAAGGUUUUUUUUUAUUGAUUCAUAGUUUUUUUUAACAGGAAAAUUUUGAGUAACAAAUAGCUCGAAGGCAAUGAAAAUCAUCUAAUCUCCCCAUACAUAUAUACAUAUAUGGAUAGUAAACUACCAAAACUGUGCAUGUAAGCAUGCAACAAUCUAUCGUAACUCCCCUUAAACCAUGAGAGAUACAAAAUAUAUUAUGGAAUAUUACAAAGCAACCUUAA